GGGCGCUGUGAAGAUCUGGAAGCCGCAAGUGACGCCACUGAGUGAGCUCCGGCCACAAGAACUGAGGACAAUCCAGUCGGCCACAGGGGAAGACAUCACGCCCGUACAGAAAACCUCACUGGCCAUCAACAAACCUCCAGAUGAGCCAUGCACGAUCGGGAGCAGCCAUAACCGCCGCGCCCAGCCAUUCGGCCAGCCCAAGGUGGCGGUGCCCAACGUGGUGCAUUCCCAGUACAACUCUCCCAUGGGGCUGUACUCUGCCGGGAACAUCGCAAACUCCUACAGCCAGCAGACCCAGGGCAUACAGAACCAGAUGGCUGGCAUGGACAUUAACGAUCACUCCAACGGCACCACCCUGGACCCCAUCGGACAACCCGUAGCAGCCACGCCGGAGCCUGUCGGAACACAGGGAGUGGGAGGAGCAGGUGGGCCAGACUCCUCCUCCCCCGCGGAUGACCCCGCCUCCUCAGCACCUAGCGAACCCAGUAGUAGUAGCAGUAGCUCGUACGCCCCUCCCCCUGCUAGUAGUAGCUCCUCCUCCUCCUCCACCACCUCUUCUUCCGGCCUGCCAGCCGCGCCAAUGACGCCGGCCCAGAGCGCCGUGUACGAGGAGCAGAAGGGGGACACUCCGGACUACCGUGGCUACACCAACCCAAACCUGCAGUCUCGAACCUUCAACCGCCUGCAAGAGCAGCUGGCGGCGGAGGAGGAAGAGAACAACAACAACAAAAGCAACAACAACAGUGCCUCUUCUGGCUUCCGCUCUGUGUCCGCGCCUGCCGCCAAGCCCCCGUCUCAGCGUCCCCAGCAACCGUCCAUGAGAUGUCCAGCCUGUGACAUGCUCGCAACUGGUGUCAUUGUCAAAGCCAACGGAGUGCCAUACCAUGUGGCAUGCUUCAAGUGUGCGGGCUGCUCUAUGAACUUGAAGCAGAAAGGUUUCUUUGUUGUGGAAGGUAAACUGUACUGUGAGACAUGUGCUAAAAGGCGUGCUCAGCCUCCCGGCUCAGACAUGGUGGCUGUACCAGUGUACAGGUAAUCUGACGACAAUUAUGAAUGCGUGAAAAGUGCACAGCUGUCUACCCUCACCUCCCCGCACUGCAGAGUCUAGAGUCUAGCGAGUGAUAACCUUGACCUCUCCAGGUGCUAUAUAUAGCUCCCCACACCCCAGCUUCGUUGCACAAAUGUUACCUGCAGCCAGUCCCAACCCCGUUUUUCGCCAAAGAUGAACCUCCAAGUUUACUUGUCAGAAAUAACAUAUCACCUCAGAAGCUGUUUGAUUAAAAAUAUUUUUUAAAAUCCAAAUCAUGCUUUUAUAACAAUUUUGAUAUGUCCUUUUGUGAUAUUUAUUCUAUUGAAAAACUUGAGGAGUCCGAGAAACAUAUCUCUUGCUGAAAGGUAAAAUUCCCUGAAGAAACUUCAAGACUUUAUUUUCUUUUUCCCCAAAAUGUUCCUCUUACCUGAAUUUGAGCUUCCCAUCGACUUUCAUCUGACACUCAAAAAUGUGUCAACCAGCUGGAGUACUAUGCAAAGUGUCCAUUAUCAUAAAGAUAGUGCAGGAUUUGCCAUGUUGCCUUCAGUUAUACUGAAAGAUAGCAAAAAUGACUAGAUCUACUCAAUUUUGUUAGAUGACCUAUAUUUCAUCCGAAAUUAAUGUAAUUUCAUUCAAAUGUAUGUGGUGCUGCUGCUGUUUAAAACAGUUCUUGUUGCAGCUCCUUAUGCACUGUGUAAAAGACCUGUGAUCCCCCCCCCCUCUGUUUACAUGACUGACAGAAUCACUAGUGCCUUUUACUUUGAGGAUAAAAGUUGACUUGUUCAUUGUGCAUACACUUUUUCAUACAUCUCUCUGCCUAUUUUGAACUGUAAAUCUUUUCACAAUAAAACAUUGUUUAAGACUUACUUUUUUUGCCUUUCUCCUAUAGACAUGU